GAUGCUCUUAGGCACUCAAACAUACAUACCAUUCAUUCCAUUGAGAACUCAAACCCUAAUUUUGGAACCUCUACUCCACUCUGUCACCGUUGAAGUUUGAACUCUCACAUAGCUUCUGUUUCUUCGCAAACCAUCACUUAUUGUUAUUGUAGAGAAAUGGCGCUGGGUAACGAUGAGGAUGACCCAACUGCCAAUCGUAGGCAACGAUUGAUCGCCGGAACCCUAACAUUCCAACCACGGCCAGAGCUUCCAACUCUUCCUUUCGAUGUCUUACCUGAGAUUCUCUGCAGGCUUCCUGUGAAAUUACUCAUACAGCUUCGGUGCCUCUGUAAGUUCUUCAAUUCUUUAAUUUCUGAUCCCACUUUCGCAAAGAAACAUCUUCAAUUAUCAACUAAGCGCCACCACCUCGUGUUAACAAAUGAUGAGUUAGUUAUGUAUGAUUCCCCAAUUCCUUCGCUUUUUUCUACUUCUGCCGUUUUUACACAAACACAACUACACAUUUCUAGUACUCUCACAAAUGGACGUAUCUACGCCCCAACAUGCUCUUGUGAUGGCAUUUUUUUGGGCAUGCUCAAAGUUGGUUCUUAUUAUUUGUGGAACCCUUCCAUUAGGAAAUUUAAGUUAUUGCCUACCUUGGAAAAUCCACAUGAACAUGGUGCUAACUUUUGCAGCUUUGGGUACGAUCAUUUAAUUGAUAACUAUAAGGUCAUUGUUGUUUCUUCCAAAAAUAAAGUUAGUGUUAAUACUUUGGGGACUGAUUAUUGGACAAGAAUAGAGGACAUCCCAUAUUCUGACAACAUUUGUGGACAGGGAGUAUUUGUCAAUGGCACUGUUAAUUGGUUGGCAAGUGAUGAUUCAAAUAUUCUUUCGCUUGAUUUAAACAAGGAGUCAUAUCAACAUCUUUUGCUACCUGAUUCCGAAAAUGACUUAUGGAUCUUGCAUGUGGUGAGGGAUUGCCUUGGUCUCUUUGGAACUGGUGAUAUGUCUUUGGAUGUUUGGAUUAUGAAGGACUACGGAAAUAAAGAGUCUUGGACUAAAUUGUAUAGUGUUCCUAACAUGCAAGAUCGCGGUUUAGAAGCCUACGAUGCUUUAUACAUUUCUGAGGAUGACCAACUUUUGGUCGAUUGUAUUGAGAUUGAAAGUGGCAAUGAUAAGUUGGUUCUUUACGAUUCCAAAACUGGUACUUUGAAUAUUCCUGAGUUUCAAAACAACUAUGAACGGAUAUGCCCAAAUGUCUACAUUGAGAGUUUGAUAUCACCUUAAGCUGGGAUUCAACUGCAACAUAUAUAUGUAAAUGUAAAUCAUCAUAAACUAGUAAGCCGCUUCAACCAUCGUGUUGCUUUCUUCAUUCUAUCAACUGGGAAGAGUUUGCAUAAUGCAACUGGGAUCAUGAAGUUGUAGAGAAGAAUAAGCUUCAAUGAUAUUUUUUAAAGCAGCACCAAUGGCCACAAGUUUUCUGAGUCUCAGUUACAGAAGGUCCAUCUUUUAUAUUCUUUCAUGUUAUAUUGAUAGAAUAAUCCAAUGGCAAUGGUAAUGUUGAAGAAUCACUCAAUGCUACAUCAUCACCACCUUUAUUUUGUUGGCGCUCCUUCAUUUUUGCUACUUGCUACGUCAUCACCAAUGUAGUCAGGAACAAGUUCCUACGUAGGAUCGGUCGGCCGGUGAAAGAACGUAAACACGAGGAACGUAACACGGUUCGUAAGUAGGAUCGAUAGGUUGUCGAUAGAAUUGAGAGAAAUAUAUAGGGAAAAUAGAGGGAAAACGGGAGCCAAGCAUAAAAACAGAGAUAUUAGAGGAAAAACAGAGGAACCAAGCAAUAAAACAGAGAAAAACAGAGGAAAAACGGCAAAAAACAGAGCAAAACAGAGAAAACACGGUUCGUAAGUAGAACUGAAGCACGGUCGAGGUGCUGUGGCACGUAAGAUCGUGCGAUCCUACGUGCUGGGACUCGUUCCUGGCUACCUUGGUCAUCACCACCACUGACCUCUUACUGAUCAGAUCAUUUUCUGAGUCUCGUUCUUAAGAUCCUUCUCCAUAUGUUGGUCACAACUCACAAGAUAUAUUUUGAUUUUCUGCAAUCUGUAAUUAUUAUCAAUAAAUUCUAUAAAAUGUGAAAACUUAGAAAGUAUCAAAUUGAGUUGGAAUUGGAGUCAGUUGGAUUGAAAGGUAUUUUUUUUUUUUUUUUGUUGGGGAAAUUUAGAUUCUUGAUCAGAAACUUCAAGAAUAAAAUAGAAAGAAGUAAAAAAAAACUUCAAGAAUAAAAUAGAAAGAAGUAAAAAUCAAUGAAGUUUCAAUGAAAAUUUUCUCAAGAAAAUGCUGAGAAAGAAUUUAGUUGGUCGUCUCAGUUUUUGAUUCAGUUGGUCGUUUUGAUCUUGCUUGCGAUUCAACCUCCUUCAUCAAGUAAUUUUGAUCUUGCUUGAUCUUAUAUGUUAUUUCCAUUUUUUAUACUUUUCUCUUAAUUAUGAUUUCUAUCGAGAAAUUUUCUCAAGAAAAUGUUGAGCAAGUACAUCCCAUUCACUUCACAGAUCGUCUCAGUUUUUGAUUCAGUUGGUCGCUUUGAUCUUGCUUGCGAUUCGACCUCCUUCAUGUGAUUAGUAUGUGUCUUUUUAUUAGCUAAAUUGCUUUUAGUUUUUGAUUUGGUUGGUCAUUGCAAUUGCUUUCUGGUGUUUCAACCUUCGAGUUGUUUACAUAUUAGAUUUUGUUGUUUGAGAUUUUUUGAUUUGAUUGCUUUAUUUCAAAUGUGAAUAUUAAGAGUUUACAUAAGAGAGAAGGAAAGUAUAAGAGAGAAGGAAAGUAGGAACCUAUAUGUAGAUUGAGAAUAUGCAUCUAAUCAGUGGCUGGAGAAUGACUAUUGUUUUGUUGAAGAUUGGUCCCAACCUAAUGAGCAUAGUUUAGUUUUUGUUGUUACUGCCUACCUAAUGGUCUAGUUCUUAGAUCAGCUGAGUUUAAUUGUUUAUAUGAUUUAUGUUUUGCACUUUUUAUCUAAUUGUGUAGUA